AAGGAACACACCGUGGACAAGAACAAUGUUCAGCAGCGACUGUGCAAAGUGCCAAAAAGAGGUCACAGCUUGGAGUAAAGGAGUGAGCUGCGAGAGAUGUGAUGACUGGUACCAUGUGGGCUGCAUGGUGGUGAAGGGCGCGGUAAAGCCCGAACACAUGAAGAUCUUGAAAUGCAAGAACAUAUGGUUUGUGUGUGAAACGUGUCAAGAAAGAACAAGGAGAGAGUGGAAGGAAAAAGAUAAGAAAACAAGAAAAGAGGAGGAAGCGGCAGAUGCCAAGAGACAUCCCCCUGGUGAUGAGGUGGAGAAGGCAGAGCCAGUGGUGGCUGCGGAUCACAACUACCACAAGGGCACCGCAGCCAGCGAGGAUCCAGGGAAGAUGGAGGAAGGAGCAGAGGCGGGAGAGAAGAAGGAGGCUGCACCAGGGACGGAGAAUAAGAGGAAACCAGCAGAAGUGAAGGAGAAGGAGGCUGAACCAGGGACGGAGAGUAAGAGGGAGUCAGAAGCAGUGAAGGAGAAGGAGGCUGAACCAGGGACAGAGAGUAAGAGGGAGUCAGAAGCAGCAGUGAAGGAGAAGGAGGCUGCACCAGGGACGGAGAGUGAGAAGGAGGCAGAAGCAGCAGUGAAGGAGAAGGAGGCUGCACCAGGGACGGAGAGUGAGAAGGAGGCAGAAGCAGCAGUGAAAGUGAAGGAGAAGGAGGCUGCACCAGGGACGGAGAGUGAGAAGGAGGCGGAAGCAGCAGUGAAAGUGAAGGAGAAGGAGGCUGCACCAGGGACGGAGAGUGAGAAGGAGGCGGAAGCAGCGGGGAAGAUUAGAAAAUUACAUAACGCUGAAAAGAAAGUUGUGUGAAUAAGAAGGGAGGAACGAGAGGAGGAGGACCUAAGAAGCGAUACAAAGCGUUACAGGUCAAAAGAAGAAGAAGAAGAAGU